GGGGAGCAGGAUACGAUUGUCCAGUCUCAGUUUCAAUCCCGGUCUCACUAAUUUGCCAAGUUUUGAUUCUCAUAAGACUUCAAAUCGUGUCAGAAAUAUAAAAAAAUGGUGGUCGUGUCGAAUUUCGUUUUCGCCUUUUUAUCCUUCCUCCUCUUCCGGGGGACGAAUGGGCUCAAACAAUAUGUCGGUUUUUACAUGGUCUCAAACUGUGAAAACAAUGCAGAGCGGACCAUCACGAAUGCAAGUUUUACCAACAUUCGCCCCAUAUCCCAACCGAUCACGGUGAAUUAUAGGUCGAUCAACAUUUUUGGGAUGUGGCAAAUUGGCCGUUGUUUCGGUACGACCGCGACCACUCCGUGUACCACGGGGUCCCAAGCGAUUGAAUGGAUACACCACGUGGCCAAUGAGGACAUCUGCAUCCCGGUGGAAGGGACCCCGCUCCCAACAGGGUUUGAUAUCCGUAGGUUGGGCGAUCCCAAAAUGAGUGAGCCACAACUGGCACUGUUUGAUAAGCCAAAUUUCACCCCGGAUUCAAUCGUGGUUACCGUUACUUCGCAAGGACUCACGAGUAUCUCGUUGACAGCAAAGUCCCUCUUUUUCACGGGGAAUCACGCCUGGACGCUUUACGACGGGGUUGGGCACACCGGACGAGGCCGCUGCCUUCGUCCCGACCAGAACGUGGCGCGACGCGGUUAUGGUUUUACGACGCAGCCCAUAAUCGACGAGUCCAUCCGGUCCGUGAGGUUCGGCUGUAAUGGGGCAAACGCCUCGUCGUCGUCGUCCUCACUUCUCGUCCUCAUUUUCGCGUCGGUUUAUUACUUUGGAAAAAAUUGUUUGGUUUCGUAAUGAGCACAGAUAAUGGACGACAGCAAAAGUAAGAAAAUACUGGUAAACACGUGGUGACAUCAUUUUCCACUUUAACGAGUCAGGUUGUAAAGAUUAGCAUGUUUUAAGUGUCUCCUAUCUAAUUAAUUUUCAUUUGUAUACGGAAGAGAUUAUCAUAAAAAUAAAUCGUUUAUCAAAAAU